CUGUCCCCUCAACUCUCGGCCGUCUGCGGCGGGCAGCGGCAGCUUUCUCUUUGCGCAGUGCUGCGCUGCAUCUUCUCUUAUUGCCUCUCAAGAGGUUUGCUGCUGUCGGGCCCCAGCAGCAGCAGCAGCAGCAGCAGCAGCAGCAGCAAGGCUGCGCCCGGCGAAAUCCGACUCGCGACGGACGAACAGCUCAGGAAGGUAAGGCCCAGCAGCAACAGCAGCACUCAUAUCAGCAGCAGCAGCAGCAGCAACAACAGCAACAGCAGCAGCAGCAACAACAACAGCAACAGCAACAGCAGCAGGAGCAGCAGCAAAUUGGCUGGGCAGCACUUCAUGAUCCAAACUGCUUCUGCGGAUCGGAUUUGUCUUUUAGCGACUAG